GCGCGGGGCGCUGGCGGCGCCGGGCCUCUCUCACGGGCGCCUCCCCUUCCCCCGGCCGCGGGGCGCGAGGCCGGGCGGGCAGCGCCGCGGGGGGGCGCAUCAUCCUCGGCCCAGGCCGGGCAACACGAGGGGCCCCGCGAGCCUGCGCCGAGGACCAGGUGCGUGAGGAUGGCCGAGAGAAUGUGACCUUCGCCCGCCUGUCUGUGUUCCACCAACACCACCAUGCAGAAGCCCAGCGGCCUGAAGCCCCCAGGCCGAGGGGGCAAACACUCUAGCCCCAUGGGCAGGACAUCCACUGGGUCGGCCUCAGGCUCCACCAUAGCGGGGGCCACCAGCUCCAAGGAAGGUUCCCCCCUGCACAAGCAGGCGUCCGGCUCCCCGGCCCCCGCGGCCCCGGAGAAGCCGGGCCCGAAGGCGGCCGAGGUGGGCGACGACUUCCUGGGCGACUUCGUGGUGGGCGAGCGCGUGUGGGUGAACGGGGUGAAGCCGGGCGUGGUGCAGUACCUGGGUGAGACGCAGUUCGCGCCGGGCCAGUGGGCCGGGGUGGUGCUGGACGAGCCAGUGGGGAAGAACGACGGCGCGGUGGGCGGCGUGCGCUACUUCGAGUGCCCGGCGCUGCAGGGCAUCUUCACGCGGCCGUCCAAGCUCACCCGGCAGCCGGCGGCCGAGGGCUCGGGCAGCGAUGCCCACUCCGUGGAGUCGCUCACCGCCCAGAACCUGUCGCUGCACUCGGGCACGGCCACCCCGCCGCUGGCCAGCCGUGUCCUCCCCCUGCGGGACAGCGUCCUGGGCAGCGCGGUGAAGACCGGCAAUGAGUCAGGCUCCAACCUCUCCGACAGCGGCUCCGUGAAGCGGGGCGACAAGGACCUGCGCCUGGGGGACCGCGUGCUGGUGGGCGGCACAAAGACUGGUGUGGUGCGGUAUGUGGGGGAGACAGACUUCGCCAAGGGCGAGUGGUGUGGCGUGGAGCUGGAUGAGCCCCUGGGGAAGAACGACGGGGCCGUGGCAGGAACCAGGUACUUCCAGUGCCCGCCCAAGUUCGGGCUCUUCGCACCCAUCCACAAGGUGAUCCGCAUCGGCUUCCCAUCCACCAGCCCCGCCAAGGCCAAGAAGACCAAGCGCAUGGCCAUGGGUGUCUCAGCGCUGACCCACAGCCCCAGCAGCUCCUCCAUCAGCUCCGUCAGCUCCGUGGCCUCCUCUGUGGGUGGCCGGCCCAGCCGCAGCGGCCUGCUCACGGAGACCUCCUCGCGCUACGCCCGCAAGAUCUCGGGCACCACGGCCCUGCAGGAGGCGCUGAAGGAGAAGCAGCAGCACAUCGAGCAGCUGCUGGCCGAGCGCGACCUGGAGCGGGCCGAGGUGGCCAAGGCCACCAGCCACAUCUGCGAGGUGGAGAAGGAGAUCGCACUGCUCAAGGCGCAGCACGAGCAGUAUGUUGCAGAGGCGGAGGAGAAGCUGCAGCGUGCACGGCUGCUGGUGGACAGUGUGCGCAAGGAGAAGGUGGACCUGUCCAACCAGCUGGAGGAGGAGCGGAGGAAGGUGGAAGACCUGCAGUUCCGCGUGGAGGAGGAGUCCAUCACCAAGGGAGACCUGGAGACCCAGACGCAGCUGGAGCAUGCGCGCAUUGGGGAGCUGGAGCAGAGCCUGCUACUGGAGAAGGCGCAGGCGGAGCGGCUGCUCCGAGAAUUGGCGGACAACAGGCUGACCACGGUGGCCGAGAAGUCACGCGUGUUGCAGCUGGAGGAGGAGCUGAGCCUGCGGCGCGGCGAGAUCGAGCAGCUGCAGCAGUGCCUGCUGCACGCGGGGCCCCCGUCCCCCGACGACCCCGAGGCCGCCGAGGCACUUCGGCUGCGCGAGCAGCUGCUGUCGGCCUCCCAGGAGCAGCGGCGGGAAAGCGGGGCGCUGCGGGACAAGUACGAGGCGGCGCUGAAGGCCUACCAGGCCGAGGUGGACAAGCUGCGUGCCGCCAACGACAAGUACGCGCAGGAGGUGGCCGACCUCAAGGCCAAGGUGCAGCAGGCCACCAGCGAGAACAUGGGGCUCAUGGACAACUGGAAGUCCAAGCUGGACUCGCUGGCCUCCGACCACCAGAAGUCCCUGGAGGACUUGAAGGCCACGCUGAACUCGGGCCCCGGCGCCCAGCAGAAGGAGAUAGGGGAGCUCAAGGCCGUGCUGGAGGGCAUCAAGAUGGAGCACCAGCUGGAGCUGGGCAACCUGCAGGCCAAGCACGACCUGGAGAUGGCCGUGCACGCCAAGGAGAAGGAGGGCCUGCGGGAGAAGCUGCAGGAGGCGCAGGAGGAACUGGCCGGGCUGCGGCAGCACUGGCGCGCCCAGCUGGAGGCGCAGGCCGCCCAGCACCGGCUGGAGCUGCAGGAGGCCCGCGACGGGCGCCGCAACGCCGAGCUGCGCGCGCAGGAGCUGGAGGGGCUGGACGUGGAGUACCGCGGGCAGGCGCAGGCCAUCGAGUUCCUCAAGGGGCAGAUUGCGCUGGCCGAGCGGAAGAUGCUGGACUACGAGCGGCUGCGGGAGAAGCUCCUGGUUGCCGAGAACAGACUCCAGGCUGCCGAAGCCCAGUGCUCCGCCCAGCACGGCCACGUGAUUGACUCGGAUGACCUCUCGGAGGAGAAGAUCAGGAUGGAGGAGAUGGUGGAGGGCUUGCAGGAAAAGCUGAACAAGAGGGACAAAGAGGUGACAGCCUUGACGUCCCAGGCCGAGGCGCUCAGGGCCCAAGUAAGUGUGCUAGAGAGCAAGUGCAAGUCUGGGGAGAAGAAGGCAGAUGCCCUGCUGAGGGAGAAGCGGCGCCUGGAGGCUGAGCUGGAGGCCAUGUCCCGAAAGACACAUGACGCCUCUGGCCAGCUGCUGCUCAUCAGCCAGGAACUGCUGCGCAAGGAGCGGAGCCUGAACGAGCUGCGGGUGCUGCUGCUGGAGGCCAACCGCCACUCACCGGGGCCGGAGCGCGACCUGAGCCGCGAGGUGCACAAGGCCGAGUGGCGGCUCAAGGAGCAGAAGCUCAAGGACGACAUCCGGAGCCUGCGUGAGAAGCUGACUGGGCUGGACAAGGACAAGGACAAGGCCCUGGAGCAGCGGCGCUACUCGCUCAUCGACCCGGCGGCGGCCCCCGAGCUGCUGCGGCUGCAGCGCCAGCUAGCGGGCACGGAAGACGCGCUGCGGGCCGCGCUGGAGCAGACGCAGCGCGUGGAGGCGCUGGUGGAGGCGCUGCGGGGCGCCGGGGCGCAGACCAUGGGCAGCUCCUCCUCUGCCAACGGGAUCCACCAGCAGGACAAGGCCCACAAGCAAGAGGACAAGCACUGACCCCAGGGCCUCGGUGGAGCUGCCAUUCACACCAGAGCCCAGCCAGGCUGCACAGCGGCGCCCUCUUCAGGCAGGGGCCGGGACUGUCACUUGGGAGGCUUGGCUACAGUCAUGAACUGACCGCCGCGGACAAUCCCUGCAGGACGUGGGGCUUCCCCAGCACAGCCUUCCUCAGGGAGGGGUGCAGCGGCCUGGCCAGGGACCGCACCCUGCUCCCGGCGGCUUCUGCAAUUUGGGGUGGCCGAGAGACCUGGCCAGGCCCCGCGCCCCGGAGCCAGCAGUGCUGUAGUCCCCGGGUGCCCCGGACCCCUCCCCUCCUCCCUUUCCCAGGUCCCCCGCAGGCCCUGGGGGCCAGAGCAGGGCCCAGGGUCCCCUGCAGGCCACAGGGGCCCCCAGGCUGCGGUCCCCGUGCUGCGGGCCCUCCAUACAGCGGUACGAGCUCCCCGCGGCCCAGCGACGCCCCGGUUUUAGUGAGGGACCAGGUCCCGCGCCCCCUUCCACCGCCAUUGCCAGCCUGAGGGCGACAGGCAGGGCUGGAGCCCCGGAUAGGCGCAGCGGUCGGGGCUGCAGGUGGCUCAGGACCCCGUGUCUUCCCCUCCCGCCCCUGCGCAGCUCUCGCAUUCGGAUCCGUUAACCGCAGCUAGAAGUCGCUUUAGUGGCCUAACCUCAUCGGUGCCGCCCCGAGAGGCUGACAGCUCGCAGCCAGGGCCCCACGGCGGGGACCAGUCGCAGGCGGCAGGGGCCCAGGAGGCCGCUUCCCCCAGCAGCAGUGCCUGCCGCCCGCGUGGCCGGCCGCGCCCCUCCCCCACCCCUCCCCCAGUGGAAUUGUGGAAGUGUGGGAGACCUUGCGCGGGACAAUAAAGCUUGUGACUGAGGUGCAGAA